UGAACAAUACAUUUUUUUUAUUCAAAAUGAUUGAAUCAACAUGAUCAAUGCAAUUAGAAACGCCGGAGUGGCACAGAAUCAGGUAGAUCGCAUAGUACUAACAUUCAAAAUGUCGCUCGGUUUUGAUAAACCUGAUGUGCUUAGUUGUGAAAAAUGUGGCGACCUUCUUGAUGAUGGCGCCCAUUUGUCAUAUAAAGUCGAAACAAGGAUUUACCUCUGUAACUCGUGUACCAAGGGUGUUAAAGUUGCAGAUUUUCCCUGUUAUUCUGAUCAAAAGAGCCGAUAUUGUGACGAUCACCGUGAACAUGGAGAAAGGGUAGUGCUCUUCUGCAACACAUGCAAGCGAGAGAUAUGUAUGAUGUGUGGCGUAACAUCACACUCAUCACACGAGAAAGAGGAGCUCGAGAAAGUCAGGAAAAGACGCCAACAAGAAGUCGAGGAACAGAUGAAAGCUGUCAAGAUCAGAGAAGGAGAAUGGCUGCAAUUCCAGAAGUUCUUUGUUCGAGGUUGUGGGGGAAUCGAACAACAUUUACAUUCCGUCGAACGACUGGUUGAAAACUCAGCAAAAGAGUAUGAGAAAGAGGUAGACAAUAACCGUCAGCUUAAGGAACAAAAAAUAAGGAAUGAUGCUCGAAAAAAAAAGGACGAUAUCGAGAGUUUGAUGGAAGGGCAAAUUGCCUGCAACAAUAUCGAAGCAAGAAAUGAGAAAAAACGUAUUCAAGACGCCAGAAUCACUAUCUUCAACAAAGUGUCAAAUUUGCGGCAGAUCAGUGAGAAAAAAAUAUCAAGGAUGAAUGGUGAGAUUAGUGAGAAUACUUCUUUGAUUCAUGCUGCUGUACAAGGUCACUCAGAGGCCAAGGGUAAUCAUCAGGCAGCAUCUGCAUCGGUCGCUGAAAGUAAAACAAAGGAUUUGGUAUCUGCUCACAGCAUCCCAUCUCCGACCGUGAUGAAGGAUGCAUUCGAACUACUCAGCUCUUACGCAAGGCAAAUAGUAUGGGUAUGCAACCAAAAAGACAAGUUGAGUGAGAGUAAUCUCGUUUCAAGCAUUUGGACAUUGAGUCAGGAACACACCUUGAAGCAUGACCCGCUACUAUGUUCCUCCUGUGGAAGUGAUACAGUCAUUUACAUCGAUGUGACAUCGGAGUGCGUCAAUGCGUUGGAUCUGAACAAUGGCAAAUCACGACCCAUAUCACAAGGGAAGCGUAACUACACGGAUUGUGUCUCAACUGAGAAACUUGUAUUAGCAUUUGAAAACAUAAAAGUAGGGUUGCAAUAUGAGACACACCUCUCACAACUUAAUCUACGAGGGGAAUCAACAACCAAGACAACCAUAGUGUUGGAUCACAAGACAGAUCGUCCUGAAGCAGUCUACGCAGCAGUGAAUAAGAAAGGCGUCAUUAUGGUUGGUUUUGAUGGUUCCAACAGUAUCAUCAAAUUCAGAGACUUUUUAGACCCAUCUGGGACUGACGUAAGGCAAGGAUUAAAAGGAAAGAUGAUCGGAAUAAAGGGUAAGAAGAUUGGAGGCAUGCUACACGCAACAUCUGGCGGGAAGUUCGUCGUUGCCACUGGCCGAGCAGAAUUCAGUGUCAUCAACGAAUACGGUACAGUAGAUGCUACAAUCUGCGACAAGGAAUGGGGCUUUGCUCUUUGUGGAACCGACCCACUUGAAGACAUCCUGUAUGUGAGCUACCAGUCAGAAGGUGGCGAGUUCGUAAGAAUCGAUGAGGUUACGCUGAAUGGGACCAUCAGAAGGAGAGGCGUUGUGGAAUACAAAGCAAACGGAAUGUUUUCCGAACCAAUUGUGACCAGUGGCAACCUACUCGCGAUCCGCAACGGCCGCGACAUCCGAGUCUACAAGAAGACACCAUUCACCACAGUCUUGUCUUCCAUCGAUAGAUCACUAUCAUUCUAGUCUGCAGGCACAGACCCUGAUUGAAACCUUGCUCAACAAGUGGAUCUCCACGCAAAGACUAGCACGUACGAAUAUUGUUGAGCAAGAGUGCCUUC